UGCGUGCCACAUGACAUUCCAAAUUCAGGCUGCCCUUUGAAUACAAGUCAUAAUUUUUUGAGCUCGAAAUACACAGAAAAUUGAAAGCCUAAUAUAAAAAGCUAACAAAAUGCCGCGCAGGCAAAGAAGUACUUCGGCCAAGCCCAGCGCCACCAGUUACUUACCAGCCGAAUUGCCCUCUACCCGAACUUCGGAGACCCUCUUCAAGGACGUGGCCGCCCGAGCAGCGGGCGUGGCAGCCGGAUCGGCAGUGGGUCACGCGGUGGGCGCAGGGAUAACCGGAUUGUUCAGGGGGCGUGGCGAUCAGCAGCGGCACAGCGAUCUGGUCGAGGAUGGUCCAUGUGCCUCGGAGAUGAAAAGAUUCCUCAAGUGCACCGAGCAAAGUGAUGAUCUCAAUGUGUGCAAGGAGUUCAAUGAUGCUGUACGACGCUGUCAUCGUCACUAUAAUAUUUAAAACCCAAAAACAACUGUCUUUUCACGAAAUAUCUUACUUGGAAUAAAUUAAAGAGAUUCCUGUGCUCCUUAA